AUGGAAGCUGCAGCAGCAGCAGCAGCAGCAGCAACAGCACGAAGACAGCGAAGACAUGCAGAAACAGAUGAGCAGCAACUCACAUGGGAUGCUGCUGCUGCUGCUUUGUCUUAUGGAAAAAGCAACAGCAGCAGAACUGCAUGCACAAGGUUUCUUGCUGCAGCAGGAGACUGUCUCCUCGAGCUGCUGCUACCCCUCUGGGAAGACUUCAGAGGAACGGCCCUCCCGCAGUUGCUGCGCGAGGUCCUUCAUCCCCGCUUCAGUCCGAAGACAUCUCUCUUAGAUAAGAUCAUCCGUCUGAAGCAGCAGUCUGCUGCAGUUCUUGCUUCUCUCAGCGGCUCCUCAACCCCACCAGCAGCAGCAGCAGCAGCAGCAGCAGCAGCAGCAGCAGCAGCAGGUGCAGCAGCAGGAGGUGCAGCAGGAGGGGGAGGAACACCAGCAGCAACAGGAGUCCAAUUUUCGGACCCGCAGCAGCAGCAGCAGCAGCAAGCGCAGCAGCAGCAGCAGCAACAGCUGCUGCUGCAGCAGCUGCUGCUGCGGCAGCAGAGUGAAUCCGGGGACUCUUCAUUGCCUGAGGCGGGGGCCCCCACACCACCAACAACACUGAAAGAGGAUUUCGGGUGUACACGCAUCUCUUGCCCCGAAACGGGCAGCCAAAAGCUGCAAAAGAGAUCCGCGCUGCGGCUCGGGUUGAUGUCUUUCUUAGAAGAAAAAGGAUCAUUGCCUGAGGCGGGGGCCCCCACACCACCAACAACACUGAAGGAGGAUUUCGGGUGGUUUAUGAGUGUUUAUUGGGGUGUAUAA